CCAUGGUGUUGGAAUUAUUGGGUUUACUCACAAAGACUUCCUAUUCCUACAAUCUCAGAUUUGCUCUACACCAAAAUGGAGCACCUACCUAAACAGGAAAAGCAAGAAACCAAAAUGAACAAGGGGCCUCUAGCUCCCUCCCUCAAGCUCUCUCUCCCUCCCCCCGAUCAGUCUUCUCUCUCUAAAUUCCUGUACUCUAUCGCUGUCGUUGAUGAUGAUCGAUACAUGUAAUCGGCUUGCUUUUCUUAAUUUCUCGUGAUUGUUUUUUUGCAGGACCAAGUCUGGGACUUUUGAGGAUGGCGAUCUGUUGGUUAACAAAGAUGGAGUCCAAGUUGUGUCCCAGAAUGAAGUCCAAACUGUAUUCAACAUUAAUUCAGCCAUCAGAUGACCAGUUGAGCUUAGCAGACUUCGAUGUUGUUCGAGUCAUCGGUAAAGGGAAUGGUGGCAUUGUGCACUUGGUACAACAUAAAUGGACACCCCAAUUUUUUGCUCUCAAGGUUAUUCAAACCAACGUAGAAGAGUCUACUCGAAAACAUAUAGAGCGAGAACUCAAAAUCAACCAAUCUGCAACGCAGUCCCCUUACAUUGUUGUUUGCUACCAAUCUUUCUAUGACAACGGUUCAAUCUACAUAAUCUUGGAGUACAUGGAUGGCGGAUCUCUUGCAGAUUUUCUAAAGAAGGUUAACAUGAUCCCAGAGCCAUAUCUUGCAGCAAUUUGUAAGCAGGUACUGAAAGGCUUGUGGUAUCUUCAUAACAAGAAGCGCAUCAUCCACCGGGACUUGAAGCCUUCGAAUCUGCUGAUAAACCACAGAGGCGAGGUGAAGAUAACGGACUUUGGUGUUAGUAAGAUUCUGGACAGCACAUCUAGUGUGGCGGAUACCUUCACUGGCACGUACGUGUACAUGUCCCCGGAGAGGAUCAGUGGAGGCAAAUACGGUUACAAAAGCGAUAUUUGGAGCCUCGGUUUGGUCCUCCUCGAGUGUGCAACAGGGCAGUUUCCAUUCUCUCCACCACAGGCGGGAGGGUGGCCCAACUUCUACGACCUCAUGAAUACUAUUGUGGAUCAACCUGCACCUUCUGCAUCUUCUGAUGUCUUCUCUACCGAGUUCUGCUCUUUCAUUUCUGCUUGUGUGCAGAAGGAUCCGAAAGAUAGGCUGUCUGCAAAUGAACUUAUGGCACAUCCUUUCAUCACUAUGUAUGACGAGCUUGGUGUUGAUCUAGGCUUGUACUUGAGCAGUGCAGGAGCUUCCACAUGCACAAUCUAACCAACCCAUCAUCUUCAACUGUAUCUCUGUUUAGGACUUCAAUCUUGACAGCUAAAUGUUUAGCAAUUUGCUAGUGGGACAGACCUAAAUCCAUACAAAAAUUUCAUAAAAUUUUAGAUAA